AUGUCCUCUCCAGGACAACCGGGCGCAUUGCCGACCCAGGCAGCCAAGCGGCCAGCGAAAAGGACCAAGGUCGCGUGCAAGCCGUGUCAUCGUCGGCGUGUCAAAUGCGACGCCGGCGAGGUGCGACCAUGCUGGCACUGUCGGCUGCGCGGAACCGAGUGUGAGCUGAUCGACAGUCGGCGAGGCAAGUACAUUCGAAGGAUUCCUGCAGCCGCCGGGGCAAGCAAUGUAUCUCCCUGCAUUCCGACAUCAACUGAGGCCAAUCUGGGCGCUCCCGUCCCUGGUACACCGCGUACUGGCCCCGAAGUGACCCGCUGCCCAGCUGGGCCACAGUCCCUCGGCCAGGCACCAAGCCCACCAGCGACUGCUGAUUUAGUGUCCUCCGACAAUGUUCGAGAGGGCUAUGGCAGCAGUGAAGGCCCGGAAAUGCUCUUCGCUCGACUGGCGGAUGCCGGACCCGAUGUGGAAUCGCCGGGGGUGUCGACGGAAGUUGUGCGUACAUACUACAUGGGCGAGUCCUUUAGCCUGGCAUAUGUAGUACGAUCACUAUCUGGCUCGUCUGCCCAUCUCCAGCUCCACUAUCCAAUCCCCAAUGAUGUUGCCGAACAUGGACAUAAUUCUGCAGAGGGCUUGAAAGACUCCGAUCCGGCGACGCUAGCAUAUCUCAACAUGCACGGCGCCUUCACAUUGCCACCCCAGGAUGUAAGAGACGAGUUCCUCUAUAUUUUCUUUAAUUAUGUCCAGCCUGCCUUCCCUGUCCUGGAUCGCCAGGGCUUUUGCACCCUCUAUCGUUUCAACAGAGCAUCCCUACUGGUGCAGCAGACCAUUUACUUUCUUGCCUCAAUUAUUUGUAGUGAGGACACCUUAAAACGUACGGGUUUUCUCGAUCGAUAUAGUGCUCGAAGGACAUUUUACCUUCGUGCCAAAGCCCUGUACGAUAUGGAUUGUGAGCAAAACAAGGACACGCUUGCGGCGGUGCUUUUCCUGUUGGCCUUCUGGUGGGAAGGCCCAGAGGAUCAGAAGGACACCUGGCACUGGCUCGGGGCGGCCAUAGGUCUCGCUCAAACCCUAGGAAUGCAUCGUUCGACGGCUAAUUCUGGUAUGUCAUCCCGACAACGCUCAAUGUGGAAGAGGAUAUGGUGGUCCAUCUAUAUUCGCGAUCGCCAUGCAGCAGCGGCACUCGGCCGCCCUUGCAGAAUCAAUGACGAGGAUUGUGACGUCGAGAUUCUGGACGAGGAGGACUUUCUGGUUGAUCAUGAAUCUGCAAGCGAGUUUCUCCCCACAGAAUGUCAGUACCACAGAUCAUAUGUCAUUGAAAUGGCUAAACUUGCAGUCAUGCUGGGAAAGCUUCUCAAUCAUCAAUUUUCACCUCGCAAGGUGAGGCUCAAUAUUCCAUCAGUGGACGAUCUGAGCAAGGAUCUGUACGAGUGGGAGAAAAACCUUCCUUCAGAGCUCCGCCGCACAUCGGUGGAUGAAACACUCGGUGCGCCCUUCUGGUCUGCUAUGCUGCAUGCCAGUUACUACAAUUGUCAGAUUUUGCUCUUCCGUCCAGACGGUCGUAGUUAUGAAACAGAACAGCCCCAAUUGCUCAAUAAGAAAGCAAGAGCUGCAGCGGACGCUACCACCAGGAUUGUCGAAGAUCUAUUAACUGCAGAAACAAUGGCCGUUGGACAGCUGCACCUGGUUCCUGCGAUCUUUGCGGCCUUGACAAUCCACGCUCUGACCAUUCGAAGUACCGAUGCAGUUCAAAAGCAACUGGCUGAAAACCGAGCUCGGCAGUGUAUAUUAGGAAUGAGCGAACUCGCCAAGGGGUGGCCCGUGGCUGGCUGGAUCCUUCGUCUUUUUAUCAAACUCAUGAAGAGGCUAACUGGGCAUGGAUCCUACUCGGCUCAAAUACCAGACGGCAUCUCAAACAGGGACCGGCAUCUCGGACAGCAGUCUAUUCAACCACUGCCGAACAAUAGCAGUCCCCCAAGCUAUUCAGGCGGCAACACCGAUCAGUAUCUCGUAACCAACAAUGCGCCUCCCCGGCAGGGGCAUGAAGAUUUUGGCAUAGUGGAAACCGAUCAGCUCAUAUCGGACGUUAUAUGGGAUUCUGGCCAGAGCGACUUUGAUCUUGAUUUGAGCCUAUUUCCAUCCCAUCUCGGGUUCUUACAGGGCCGAACGUUUUGA